GGAGGAGCUCUUCUGCACAAGGAGGAAGCGGCGCACGGCGGAGCAGGGUGGAGGAAGUACCGGGGCCGGAGUGACAUCGCUAACCCCUCGCACAUCAUGUCUGUGAACCUCAGCAAGAAUGGAGCCGCCCUGCAGGCCGCCUACAAGGACGUGGUGGACGGGAAGACGAAGACUGACUGGGCUCUCUUCACGUAUGAAGGCAACAGCAACGACAUCAGACUGGCAGGGACCGGAGAUGGAGGCCUGGAAGAACUUGUGGAUGAGCUGAGCAGCGGUAAAGUCAUGUAUGCCUUCUGCCGAGUGCAAGACCCCAACUCUGGUCUCCCCAAAUAUGUCCUUAUUAACUGGACAGGGGAAGGGGUGAAGGAUGCCAGAAAAGGGGCUUGUGCCAAUCACGUCAGUACUAUGGCAAACUUUCUAAAGGGAGCCCAUGUGACAAUUAAUGCCCGUGCUGAUGAGGACGCGGAGCCAGACACCAUCAUGGAGAAGGUUGCCAAAGCUUCUGGAGCCAAUUACAACUUCCAUAAGGAGACCAGCAGAGGCAGUGAUGCUCCCCAGGGCCCGGUGGGCUCUGUGUACCAGAAAACAAAUGCAAUGUCUGAAAUAAAACGGGUUGGAAAAGAGAACUUCUGGGCCAAGGCAGAGAAAGAUGAAGAGGAGCGCAUACAGGAUGAACAGAGAAGAACGAACCUGGAGAGGGAGAGAUUGGAGAGGGAGCGUAAAGAGAGAGAGCAGAAAGAGGCAGAGGAGAGGGAAAGACGAUUUAAGGAAAGGGCAGGAGCAAUAGAUGCCCAGAGGAUGCAACAGCUAGACGCAGACAAAAAAGAUCGGGACUCCGCUGCCCAGAGGUCAGUAAGUGCACGGGAGAUGUUCCAACAGAAAGAGCGCUCUAUGCCUAGUGCACCUGCGGCCAGCACCCAGCCUGGAAGGCUACGCAGUCCCUUCCUGCACAAGUCGACCAGUCAGCCUGAGCCAGAGUCUCCUCCAUCAUCCCCUGUAAAAAGUGUUCAAGAACCCCCUGCAUCCCCUGUGUAUCGUGCUCAUCAGACACCUCCAGAGUCUCCUGUUGCCCCUGUAUUUCAUGCACCUCCAGAACCCACUGUCAAUGUGAAAGAGCAAUCCUAUGAGCACGAGGAGGAGGAUUUGUACCAGGAGCCCGAAGAAGACGUUGUCUACGAAGAGCCUCCUAAGGAGGAUUCUAGAGUGCAGCAAGAGGAGGCCAUCUAUGAGAUUGGGGUGGAUGAAGACCGGGGACUGUGUGCCAGAGCGCUGUAUGACUACCAAGCUGCCGAUGAUACGGAGAUAUCAUUUGACCCCGACCAAAUUAUCACACACAUCGAGAUGAUUGAUGAGGGCUGGUGGCGUGGAUAUGGACCCGACGGGCAUUUCGGCAUGUUCCCUGCCAACUACGUGGAACGGCUGGAAUGAGCGAAGACUGAAGAAGAGAUUGAAGAGGGACCUUAAAAUGAGAGAGGCCCCUGUUUUACUGAAACGGUUAUAUUAUGAUGGGCUGUAACCACCUAAUGUUCUCCAUGUUCAGCCAUGUGGCAGACGGCUAGUCCUUACACAGUACACACCAUUCUUCCUGCCCGCCACCUGCUGCUUUUUCUUUCUUGACUCUUCUUCACAUAGACCUA